UUGCUGCUAUUUUCGGAUUAUUCAUAUACUUGUUCCUCUUUUUUCUUGUCAUUCCGUCUAUCCUUUUUAUUUUUUUAUUAAUGGGGGGAUGAUAUUGGAUGAUAUGAUUCGCCCCAGUCUGGCAACAUUUGUGCAGCCAUUGAGAAAAAUUAAUUGACAAAAGAAAGAAAAUUACCACAGAGAGGGGAGAUAAUAGCAAGAAGAAUACAAUUUUAAACAAAUAAAAGACCGGAAAAAUUAAGGGAAAAAGUAAAAUUUCUAUACAACAGCAAAACAUAAUGUUUACAAACCUGUGAAUACGUUAUGUCUGCUGUUUUUGCAUUUUGCAUGAAAGAAGAAACAAGUAAAUUGAACAAUAUAUAAACAAAAUAACAACAACAGUUACAGUAAUAAUCUUGUAAACCAGUGUAAUAAAUUAUAAAAAAAAAAUAAAUAAUUGCCACCUCUCUUACGUCGCGACUUUUAUGAAAUUAAACAAAACAAGAAAUAACAAAGGAUAGAAAGUGGGAAACAACGACAACAGAAAUAUUUUGUCAACUUAAACCAGCCGAUAACAACUUUUAAACAACCAAUACCUGAUUCCACUAUACAACAACAAUAGCAAAGACACUCGCAUCACAUCAGCCAUCGUUUCUUGUGUCGUCAGGAUAAAUUCGGCCUAAAAUUGUUGCUACAAAUGGGUACUAAUUCCGGAGCCACAACGGGCAUCAAUAAUAAACCUAUUGGUGGAGCAGGCGGUACAGGUGGUGGUGGCGGAGGUGGGGUUGUUGGCGGUACCGGCCUCAUUGGCGGCGGUGGUCUUGGCGGAGGUGGUGCCAUUAAUAAUGCAGCCAACAACAGCCUCGGUGGACAAAAUUCGGGGCUAGGGUUGGUCGGUGGCAAUAAUGUCUCCAACUCUGCCGGUGGCCUUAGUGGCGGCAUGGGUUCCGGCGGUAAUCCGGACGAUGGCAAUGGCGGAGCCGCCAACAAUGUCAAUAGCCAACAGGCAACACCACAGUACACCAUACCUGGCAUAUUACAUUUCAUACAACAUGAAUGGUCACGUUUCGAAUUGGAACGCUCGCAAUGGGAUGUCGACCGUGCUGAAUUGCAAGCUCGCAUUGCAAUGCUACUUGGCGAACGUAAAUGUCUGGAGAGCCUUAAAUCGGACUUAACAAGACGUAUUAAAAUGUUGGAAUACGCUUUGCGACAAGAACGUGCUAAAUUUUAUCGUCUAAAAUAUGGCACAGAUCCGCCACAACUGAACGAACUGAAACCAUCAGGAGAUGACUCUUCGCUGGGCGGAGAAGUGGCACCAGAUUCCGAGGUACCAUACAGUUCAGUGUCAAAUACAACCUGGCGCCAGGGCAGACAAAUGUUGCGUCAAUAUUUGGCCGAGAUCGGUUUCACCGAUAACAUUAUCGAUGUUCGCUCAAACCGUGUACGUUCCAUAUUGGGUCUUAACAACAAUGCUGAGCAAGAAGAAAAUGUUAGUCCAAACGUCAAUGGGAAUGAGAACAACAAAAGGGCCUCAGAAUCGGAAGGUCGCCGCACUCCCGCAAAAAAGAUACAACAAAAUAACGAUGCCAUCAUUCUGGAUACCGAAGCUGCCGUAAUGGCAAAUUUCGAGUUUUUGGGACCCACAGAAAUGUCGGAUGACGAUGAGAUUUCCGACGAUUUAGAAAUGGUUACCGGUGACAAUGACGAAAGCGACAUGAAAACCACCAAACGCAUUAAACCCGGCAAAGAUAUACUAAGUGAAGAUCUGGGUGCUGAGUUGGGAGAACAGCUGCUCAAUGAUAUCAAUCUUAUCACAGAAGCCGCCUCGGCUGCAGCUAGACGCAAUCUAAUCACAGCUGUAACUGCGGCCGGUGAUGAGGAUGUCGAUGCCUCAUUGGGUUUGGGUGAAUUGGCUCAGCUGACAGUGAAUAACGACUCGGAGGGCUCUUACGAUUCGAAUACAAAGGAUGGCUCGGGUGGUGGAGCUUAUCGUAAAACCUGGAAUGCCAAAUACACAUUACGUUCACAUUUCGAUGGGGUCCGCUCGCUGAUUUUCCACCCGGAGGAACCGGUACUGAUAACAGCCUCAGAAGAUCACACCCUUAAGCUGUGGAAUCUACAGAAAACGGUACAAGCCAAAAAAUCUGCUAGUCUUGAUGUUGAACCAUUGUACACAUUUAGAGCCCACACUGGCCCAGUUCUGUGCUUGGGAAUGUCGACCACAGGUGAAACCUGUUAUUCCGGCGGCCUGGAUGGCAAUAUUGAGUGCUGGAAGCUACCCUCGCCCAAUAUUGAUCCAUACGAUUGCUAUGAUCCCAGUGUUCACUCGGGCACCCUGGAGGGCCACACAGACGCUGUCUGGGGCCUGGCCACAAUGCACAGUAAUAUCGUGUCAUGUUCGGCCGAUGGCAGUGUCAAACUCUGGUCGCCCUACAGCAAAGAGCCAUUGCUACGCACCUACACCGCUUCCGAGGUGGAGGGUGUACCCUCAUCGGUGGACUUUGUGCGCAAUGAAGUUGACCACAUUGUCGUGGCCUACAACAGUGCCCACUGCUUAAUAUACGACACAGAAACCGGCAAACAAGUCAUAAAACUGGAGGCUGCUCAAGAAAUGUCUGGCAAUACGGGGAAAUUCAUCAACAAAGUGAUCUCACAUCCAACAUUGCCGAUAACAAUCACAGCUCACGAGGAUAGACACAUACGAUUUUGGGACAACACAUCCGGGCAAUUGGUGCAUUCAAUGGUUGCUCAUUUGGAACCAGUCACAUCGCUGGCGGUCGAUGCUCAUGGUCUAUAUUUGUUGUCUGGCUCCCAUGACUGUUCCAUACGCCUGUGGCAUUUGGAUAAUAAAACGUGUGUGCAGGAAAUCACAGCGCAUCGUAAGAAGUUCGAUGAGAGUAUAUUUGAUGUGGCGUUCCAUGCUACGAAACCUUAUAUAGCCAGUGCGGGCGCAGAUGGUUUGGCGAAAGUGUUUGUCUAGAUGGCAAUCAUUGUUGUGCGUUGUCGUCGUCGUAUCUAGUUGCAGUAGCAGUAGCAGAAAUCAUCACCACCAACAACAACAACAACGAUUUUACGUAAGAUAAUUAUGUGUGGAAUUUCUUGGAGGAUCGUCCGAAGAUGAUGAUGAUGGUGGUAAAUAAUGUAUGUUUAUAUUAUGAUAAUACGAAAUCAAUUCCAGUUAGUUGAUUAGAAAUGAAACGGAAAAUAGCGAAGCGAAAACGAUACUAAAACUAACAACCAUCAGCAAGAGGAAGGAAAGAAAGAAAUCAUCUAAAAUUAUCUAUAUAUUCUUACAAAAAAAAAAAACAAACUAGAUCAUCAUUACAAAAGAACUCACACAUAUACAAAGUACAGUAGUAGCGACAUUUAAUAUUCAGUUGAAUUCUUUGUCAAGAUCAAAGAAUCGAAACCAGGCAGGCAAGCUUUUGUAUCCUUUGUGGUUAAUUUGCACAAAUGCCGCUCAACAGAAGAAGCGCGUGUUGAGGAGAAUCGAUCUAUAACUGCAAUGCAAAUGAGUAGAAGGAUGCUAAUACAUACAUAAUGAAUGCGAGGAAGAAAAAAACAGCAAAACAUUUUAACAUUAAUUAAAUUAUGUUAUAAUAAAAAAAGCAAACAAAGAAACAGAUAUAAAACUUAAAACAGUAAAGAAAAUAUAUAAAAUUAAAUGAUAAUAAUUCCCGCAUAUACAAUAAUAAAAAUAAUGAUGAUAUAUUUUAUAAACAAAACCCCCCCCCCAUUACAUUAACUAAACACAUACACACCACACACAGCGCGACACAUUACUGUUUAAUUUAAAGAAUAAUAAUAAUUAUAUAUAUACAUAUUUAAAUAAAAUCAAUAAAAACAACAACAAUUAAACUUCAUACAACAACAACAAAAAUAUUAUGCACAUAAUACCCUCUCCCCUCCAAAAAAAAAAAUCUCCUGCUCCAUAAGCAAAAACAAAUUAAAAAUUUAUCGUUAUUAGAAAAUAAAUCAUGAUUUAAAUGAAAGCAAAAUUUUACAAGAAAGUAAAAAAAAAGUUUGAAUACGAAAAUCUCUCGAGUAGGCAUUUCGGAUGGUAUUUAUAUAUGAAAGCAAAAUUUUACAACAAAGAAAAAACUCAUAUAUUUCUCCAGUUUGAAUACAAAAAUCUCUCGGUUAAGCAUUUCUUACGGUAUUUAUACAAACCGAAAAUGUAACACUCAUUUUUUCAGGGGAGUAUAUAUGGGGGAUUGCCUUCUCUGUAUGACUCCUUAAAAGGCUCCAUUCAAGAAGAAACCCAUUAAACUGAACAUUAAUAAUGUAUUGCCUGAUGAAACCAGAUUAACAAUCCAUCACUGUUGUAUGAGUCAGAGUCAAUUUCAUUAAAGAAAAAAAAAUAUUUUUUAUGUUAGAGAGGAGAGGAACAGGGCUUCAGGUGAUGAUAUAUAUAUAGGCAAUGCCGCAACCUGGCAUAUUAAUCUCAAAUUUUAAAGGAAAAAGACAGCAGGGGUUCCAGAGCCGCACUAAAAUUCUGCCGUCGUUUUCCAUUAUAAUUUGACAUUUAUAUGCCUAGCCAUGACUUGAAGCUUUUUUAUGUACUUGCACCUUUCGUUUUUCUUCGCCUCCUGCUCUUUCUUCAUAUGAAACUGUUUUGUGAAUAAAUCACGAUUUAGUUUGGUUUCAUCAAACCUAUGUUGUAUACACAACGCGUAUUUGAAAACACCCAUCAAAAUGGUUUAUAAUCAACAAUAUCCACACAUAAUUACCAGUUAAAUAGGAUUCCUACCUACUUACUUCUGAAUAAAUACCAACAGAGAAUCAUUUAAAACGCCGUGUUCAACUAUAUUUGAUUUUUUUCUUUUUGUUUUUCAUAGUGACAACAAUAGAUAAACAAUAAAUAAAUUUAUAUUUUCAAAAUGCAUUCUCUCUUUUAAUGCAUCCAUUCAAUUCAUUUGUUGCUAGGCUUUUAAUUUUUGUAUAAAUAUAUCCAUAAUUAAAUUGAUUUUAUUUUUACUUUAUAUAUAUAAAAAAUUAAACGUUAUUUUGUCUUUGAUACGAAUUGAAGCUUGUAGCUUUCAAUUGACAAAAGAGUUUAUUUGCAACAACAUGUUCGAAUAACAUUGGACUCUGAAAAAAUGUGUUUUAAUAAAAUCGCGUUUGGAUUUCAAACUAAUAUAAACAUAAAUAUAAUCCCAAAAUAGAAGAAUAUAAGUAUCAAAAGGGAUCAUCAAGGAAACCGAUAUUCAGUGCCUCAAUUGAAAAACUUAAAGAUGCUCAAUUUUUUUUUGGAUCGAUAUAUGUGCCAGACUAUUCGGCCCAAUUACGGUUGUCAUUUCUAUAGUCGUCGUUGACGUUAUGACCAAGUCGCCAUCGUCGUCGCUUCGAUUCAAAAUUGGUAUUACUGUAAUGCAUAGAGGCGACAUCGACAGUUAAAAAAAAAAAAACAAAAUUGAUGCCAAAUUAUAGCUGACACGCUUACCUUUCCAAAAUUCUACAACUUAUUUCUCUGCCCCCAAGAAAAAAAUAAUAUCCCGAAAUCAGGGUAAAAAUAACUACCUCUGAAAAAAAAUUUCGAAGAGUUUUUACUAAACUAGAGUUGUUCCAAUUGGCCACAGCCUUGAGAUUUUUAGCGCUCGAAUCUUAGUUGACCAGAGUCGGGGAUGACUUCAGUAUUUCCAAAUUGUUUUGCUGUUGUUAUUUUCAUGGUAAAAUGUCAAAUACAAAAUGGUUAAAAUAUCAACCUCGAGUAAAAAAUAUAAAUGUCCCACACCGGCUACCGCGAAUCAAAGAUUUCUAAAAUUAAUUAUUUUUGUACGUAGUCCACAAAUAAUAUUUGAUUAUGGGGAUUAUGACCCAAAAAAGUUAUUAAUCCCCAUAAUUGCAAUAGGGUUUGAGACCGUGGGGAUUAUGUUCGGGUGCCGGUUUUGCAUUUUCCAUUUCAAAUAAAAGUGUAAAUGUAAUUACAUACAAAUUUGCGCCUAAUUUUGCGUGGGUUUAGAGUUGAGACCAGCGAAAAAAAAGCUCUUUUUGUUUACUAACGUACGAAAACCAAAAAUUCUAUUUGUCUGCCAUUUGCCUAACAAUUAGAAGAAAAAUAAGUUUGGUGACCAGGCUAAUAAUUCCAAUUACCCCUUUCAAAUUCAAGUGAAAUUCUUCGGAUUCCAAUUAUCUCUCUUAAAUUCAAGUGAAAUUCUUCGAAUUGCAUGUAAAAGUAGACUAAACUUCAAUUUCUAUCAAAAUACAAAAUAACGUUUUAUAUUUUAAAUUUUUAUAAAUAUAUAUAUUAAAAAAUAAUUAUUUAUUUAUACUGACGAUGCAAUGUAUUGAAUUUUGUAUUGGUCCUCUUGCCUGGUGUAAGAGACCAUACAUACAUUUUAAGAAAAUAAAACCAGAAAACGAACAAAAUAAAGUAAAUUUUAGUAACACUUAACUAAGGAUAUAAAAUAAAAAAACAAUAUACAGUCUGCCAAUAAAAUGUUUUGCGAAUAAAGCAUUUUUUAAUUGUUGAGGCAUAUGUUCUGGAUUACAGAGUUAUUCUGCGUCCAGGAAAUAUCAUUUUGACAAAACAUUUUCUUUGCAGACUGUAUUGCAAAGUAGUAUUGAGCCAAAAACUAAUUAAAGAAAUCGGAUAUAUGAAAUUCUAAAAUAAUAAUUAAUAAAAUAAUUAAGGAUUCACCAUGACUUCCUAAACUCCCCAAAAAAAAAAAAAAUAACUACAUAAAAUUCAAAUUAAUACAUCUCGAAAUUAAAAAUAAAAAAAUGUCUAUGUUUAAAAUAUUUUUAGUUCAAAAAUACACACACACAUAAAAAAUAACACAAACACAAUACUGUAUUAUAUAAGAACAUAUAAAAUCAAUAAAUCACAUUUAACAAAAAAAAAAA